AUGAGCUACGCCUUCCUCCUCCUGUCCCUCUACCUCGUCCUCGGCGUCGUCGUUUACUCGCUCUUCUCCUCCCACUUCGCCUCCGCAGCUACUCACCCCGUCGUCGACGCCCUCUACUUCUGUAUCGUCACAAUGUGCACUAUUGGGUACGGGGACAUCACGCCGACGACCCCUUUCUCCAAGCUCUUCUCCGUCACCUUUGUUCUUUUUGGAUUCGGAUUCAUUGAUAUACUUUUGUCGUCUAUGGUCUCGUACGUUCUUGACCUUCAAGAAUCUCUCCUCCUCUCCUCCAGCACUCACUCUGCGACCCAACGCCGCAAUUAUCUCGUCGACGUUAAGAAGGGCCGGAUGCGGAUCCGAAUGAAGGUCGGACUCGCACUAGCUGUUGUAUUUCUCUGCAUUGGGCUAGGGACUGCCGUGCUGAGGUUUGUCGAGGCGCUUGGGUGGUUGGAUUCCUUCUAUUUGUCAGUGAUGUCGGUGACUACGGUUGGUUACGGGGAUCGGGCGUUUAAGACGAUGCCCGGGAGAUUGUUUGCAUCGGUUUGGUUGUUGGUGUCGACGCUGGCAGUGGCUAGAGCAUUCUUGUAUUUGGCAGAGGCGAGGAUUGAUAAGAGACAUAGGAAGAUUGCUAAAUGGGUUUUGGCUAGGAAUUUGACUGUGUCGGAGUUUCUUGCCGCAGAUAUGGAUCAUAAUGGAUUUGUGAGUAAAUCUGAGUUUGUAAUAUACAAGCUCAAAGUGAUGGGUAAAAUUGCAGAAAAAGACAUUCUACAAAUUUGUGAACAGUUUGAUCGGCUCGACACAGGGAAUUGUGGGAAGAUUAAACUGGCAGAUCUCACCGGGAGUCAUCAACAUUGAUCUCUCUCGUAUAGUUGUACAAAAAGGUGAGGACUUGGAAUGCUGCCCACUGCUAGCUCCUUGUUGUCGAGUCAAUGCAAUAGGGUCUAGAUUUUUGAAGAAGAGUUGCAUAAUAUAGUAGUCUUUACUUGUUACUGUAAAUGAGGUAAUCUUUCGAGAAAGGACAUUUUCUUUUGAUUUUUGUUGAUCUUCAUAACUAUGAAGAGGUGCGUAUAUAUAGGGGAAAGGUGGGAAGUGGAUAAAA